UCUUCUCUCUGCAUGUGUGAGACGUGAGAUAGUGUUGGCAAGUUCAGCGAUAUUUAAUUAGUUAAAUUCCAUUAAAAAUCUACAAUUUGCAAUGUCCGAUGAAUCUGAGUACGACGUAGAACCAGAGGAGUUUGAUGUCUAUAAGAAAAAGUAUCAGUUGCUGUUAGAAAGAUGUGACAUCUUGCAACAGGAAAAUGAGAGAUUGGUCUAUAGAAUCCAGAUGGUAAGGAAGCUUCUUCGACGCACAAGGAAAGAGAAAAAAUUUUUGAUCGAUCGAUUGAACCAACAUGGAGAUCGUUGGCGCGAGGCACCAAUGGGUGUACUAGAAGAGAAUAGUGUAUUCGAAACAACUCCAAAAUCGGAAAAAGGAGGGAAAGGUGCCUCUCAUAAUGCUAAAGAUGAGAAACCUAGAAAAGGGACAAAAAGAAAGGGUACAAAGGCUGAUCCAAAUGCACCAAAGAGGCCUGCUAAUCCUUUCUUCCAGUUUUGUCAAGAGCAGAGACCUCGUGUGAUGGAACGCUUGGCUGGAGAACCGGAACCUAGUAAACAAGAGCUUACUAGACAACUUGCAACCACUUGGAAAUCUCUCAGCACCGAGGAUAAGAAAGUUUAUUAUGACAUGUAUGAAAGAUCCAAGGAGAAAUAUGUCGCCGAAAUGCAAAUAUAUAACAAAAAGACUGAAGAUGCUCCAUGUCAAAUGCCAUUAAAUAUAUCAUAAUCAAUGUAUAAAUAACAAUAUAUUUCCUGUGCAAG